GCAUCCGCGCCUUCGUAUCUGACUUGUUUGAUCUGAUUUCAAAAGUACAGUCAGCAAAGAAUUGCUCCUCAUACUGUUCGUGAAAUUUACAAUUCGUUAAAAUUGCAAUUCGACAAAAAUGGUGCUCAUGCGUUGGGCUAUCUGCGGUGCCGGGAACAUCAGCCAUGAUUUCGCUAUUGCACUGCAUACUUUACCGAAAGGAGAGAACGAGAUUGUUGCGGUUGCCGGUACCAGGGACAGGGCGAAAACUCAGGCGUUUGCCGACAAUUUCCAUAUAAAAAAAGUUUACAGCUCAUACGAGGAGGUUGCGCAAGACCAAGAAGUUGAUGUUGUGUAUGUUGGAACAUUCAACAUAACGCAUUACGAAGUUGUCAAGCUGAUGCUCAAUCAUAAAAAACAUGUCCUCUGCGAAAAGCCAAUUACACUGCUCCUCAAACACACUGAAGAACUCUACGAGCUUGCGAAAAAGCAAAACCGCUUUUUAAUGGAAGCUUGUUGGAGUCGCUUCUUUCCGGCAUACUUGGCGCUUCGAGAUUCCCUUGGCAAAAAACUUUUGGGCACACCAAAACUGGUAACAGCGCAGUUUGGGUUGAAUAUUGCCCACGUCGAACGUCUGAAAACGCUAAGCAUGGGCGGCGGAAGUCUCGUAGAUUUGGGCAUUUACACUAUCCAGUUUGCAAUGUUGGUUUUUGGCAAUGAAAUGCCGGAGGAGAUUGUGACAUCGGUGGUGAAAAACGAAGACGGAGUUGACCUAAGCCUGGGAAUGAUCUUGAAGUAUAAGAAUGGAGGAAUAGCUCAGUUGACUUCUACUUUGUUAGCACGCAUCAACUGUGAAGCGGCAGUUUUUGGAGAUAAUAAUGGAGUUAACCAAAUUGCUUGCCUGAAGGUUCCACAUCCGUUUUGGUCACCAACUGAGCUCGUAACCCCAGCUGGGGUCGAAAAAUUUCCUUUACCAUUCACUGAUCACAAAACGACAUACCCAAACGGGCAGGGAAUGUGCUACGAGAUUGCCGAAACCAGGAAAUGCAUUCUUGAAGGAAGGAUCGAAAGUCCGUAUUACAGCCAUCAAGAUUCGCUUACACUUACCAGGAUCACAAAGAAGGUUCUAGACCAAAUCGGCAUCAAUUAUGAAUUUAUUUACCAAUAAUAGAAGAGCUGUGCAGAAUGCGUAUAGUGAUAAAAAAACUAAAUAUGGCGACGAUACCGAAGUGUAUUGUGGAACCAUCUACCGGCAGCCUAUAUUCACUUGACGUUUGCGCAAUGCCCAUAAGAAUUAAAUUAAAAAGCGGAUAAAAACGUACUGGAAUAAUCCGGUAGUAAUAACUAAAUGAUUCUUUCGCAUAUUGCAACAAUUGUUGGCUGUCUUGUU